AUGACAAUAAAACAUAAAUAUGAGAAUGCUAAGAGUGAAAAGAAGCCCUCCAAAAAAGUGAAGCCAGGGCUAUUAAAACUGAAGAAAGUCAUGGAUAUCGAAUCUGAUGCGGUUAAUUAUUCGAUAUGCAUACCAACGACUGUCAUUGAUAACUGCUGUAACUUGGAGCAGGCCACUUUUACUGCGUAUCAAAUAGCUAGAACGGCGGUUUUGUUUAAUGUUCAAGAAAUUGUGGUUUUAGACCUGUCAAAGGAUAAAAAGCACGAAAAAAAAUCAAGACCAGAGAAAUGCAUCACAGAUAGUCUACUACUUGCUACGCUAUUACAGUAUUAUGUGACACCUCCAAACUUACUGGAUACUACGUUCAAAAAGAAAAACAAGUCUUAUUUAAAGUAUGCGUUUGCAUUCCCGCCAUUACACCAGUUACCGUUUAUGGUUGAAUCUGUCGAACAGCCCUACAAGGAAGGUUUGUCCAUUGCGCCAGAUAAUUCUGAGAAACAAACGGACGGAAAUCUGACAAAUUUGGUAUAUAUAGGAAGAAAUAAUAUCAUCACAUUAGCGAAUCAAAAUAUUCCAAAAACCGUACGUGUAACGGUUGACACACAACGCAAAGAGGUAGUAUCACCUGGAGUUGCAUACAAGGAAAAGCCACUCGGCUACCACGUUCGGAUGGCAAGUAAUUUGAAUGAAGCAUCCGAACAUUACACAAAGAUUCUCUGGGCCAACAGUGGCGAUUUCCACUACGACGAAGGAUUGUCAAGGUAUUACAAGGCAGAAACAAAGUUGCCAUAUAUCACAAAAAUAAGAAAAAGCGCAGUAUCAAACACACCCUGUAACAUCCUCCUUAUCUUCGGGAAAUGGAACCAUUUAAAGCGUUGUUUCAAGAGAUCAAGCUUGGAAUCUUCCGCCUUGCACCAUUACUUUUCCGGACAACUGCAAUUUCCCGGCACUGUAUCCCAAGGAAACAUACCUAUCCAAGACAGUCUACCGAUAGCUCUAACUAUGCUCCAGCAAUGGUCCAGCCGAAGUAAGUAG